GCCACCACCACCACCACCACUGCCACACCCGCCGCCACCGCCAGUAGCCGAGGAGAAGAUGGCGACCGGGCCCUGGGCUACUCACGCCGCAACCGUUUUGAAGCAGAGGAGGGCCGGAAGCCAAAGGCUGACCAAAAAACAGACGCUGUUGCCAAGACGACUAGCAUCGCUGCCAAGAUGUCAAUGUUUAAAGAGCUGGAGAGGUCCUCUGCCCAGACUGCUGCAGCUGGCGACGGGGUCCGGAAGGGCGGGAGUUUCCGUGGAAACGCUCGUGGCGCUGACUUGCGGCCAAUCAAAAGCCAGGAAUCGGAGGCAGUGUCCAGUCCUUCUCAGGCCUUGUCUAACGAGGACGAGGAAGAGACUCAAGAUAAAGGAGGGAGGAGGAGGGACAAUGUCAGACCCGCUAGCCAAUCAGAAGCGGAGGAUGAGAAGACGGCCAAGAGAGGACCAAUCAGCAGCAGCAACAGCCGAGAUGAGGAGCCAAAGGAGAAAGAGUCCACCCCCGCAGUGUCCACCUCCGCUCCAACCCUCCAGACCCAGGGGCCUCAGCGGGACCCCAAGCCCAGCGAGAGGCUCUCCCGGCUGGGCAGGAGCAGCAGCGGCGAGGAGCCCCCCUCCACCACAGCCGAGUCCACCGCCGGGCCCCGCUCCUCCUCCAUCUCCUCCUCCUCCUUCACCUCCUCCUCCUUCUCCUCCUCCACGGAAGGGGAGGUGGUGCGCUCCUCCUCAGCUACGGGGCUCCAGAGACAGGACUCCUCUGGCCAGCGCAGCAUCAAAGGCAUCCUGAAGAAGAGCCGCUCCACCAGCGUGGACUCAGACACUGCUGCUCCCUCAGGAGGAGGAGGAGGAGGGGAACGAGGAGGAGCAGGAGGAGGAGGAGGUGGGAGCAGUGCCAUGGAGGAGAACACGCAACACAACGGCACCUCCACCACCACCACCACCUCCUCUUCUUACGAAACCUCCAGGACAGACAGAGCCCGGAAGGAGGAGAGAGAAGAGGAGAGGGAGCGGGUGAAAGAGGAGGUGAGGGAGGAGAGGAAGAACGGCGUGAGACAGGAGGAGGAGGAAGAAAAGGAGAAGGAGAAGGAGGAGAGGAGAGGCGGAGGACGAUGGAGGAGAGGAGAAGCCGACGAGACAGACGCGAGGGAGGAGAGGAGGAAGAGACAGCUGGAGGAGGAGGAGCGAGAGGAAGAAAGAAAGAAAGAGAGGGAGCAGAAGGAGGAGGAAGAGGAGAGGAAGAGGAGAGGAGUGGAAAAACAGCCCAGCACAGCCAAAGAGGCAGAGGAGGAUGACAUAGAGGAGGAAAUCGAGGAGGAAGAACAGACUGACGGACGAGAAAAGAGAAAAGUGCAGAUAGACGUGCAGGGAGAAGACGAGGAGCCGGAAGAGGUGGAAGAAGAAUACGAAGAGGAGGAAGAAAAGAGGGAGGAAGAGGAGGAGGAAGAGGAAGAAGAAGAAGAAGAAGAAGAAACAGAGGGGGGGAGGAGGAGGAGGAGGAGGAGGGGGGUGCUGAGCAGGGAGAGCUCCAGUGAUAUGCCCCUCAGCCUCACCUCCUCUCUGGACAGGACCUCCUCGUGGGACAAGAGCUUCUCCCUGGACAAGACCUCGUCCCUGGAGAGGAGCACCUCCGAGGAGGAGGAGGAGGAGGAGGAGGACGAAGAGCUGGACAGCCUGGGCGACAGCAUGGGCUCCUCACUGAAGGACAGGUUGGAGGAGUUGUCUGGUGUGGAUGAUGAGGGGAGGUCUGGGUCUGGUGGUCGUGUGAAGAAGCCCCAGCCUGGUGACGUGGUGCAGACCUCGCUGGCCGACCGCUUCAACCAGCUGCAGGAUGCAGAGAACGCCUGGAGGAAGAAGAAGUCUGCUGUGGACCUGGAGCCUAAGAUGUCUCUGGCGGACCGCAUGAAGAUUCUGCAGGAGAAGGAGGAGGCCUGGAAGGCCAGGGGCAAGGGCGCCGCCAACGACUCCAUACAGUUCUCCGUCGCAGGACGCAUGGCCAAGAAAGGCCUUGCGUCUCCCAUAUCGCCCAAAGACGACCCCCCUGUCUUCAAGAAGCACACACACUCUGGAACGCCCGUCAAGCCACUGGAAGAAAUCUCCAGUCGUCCGGAUGUGGCCAUGGAGGGAGACAAACGCCUGGACAAGCUGGAGUCUUUUCUGGACCGGCUGAAAAACAAAGGCAUGCCAGGGGGCAAGGCGUCCACCAUCGAGGUGACGGGUCAGAAGGAGAAAGAGGUCAUGACCUUGGACGAUGACGAGAUCUUCGGACGCUUCUACAAGGCCGUGACGCCCGCCAGCAAGGGUUCCGCUGUUACCAUGGACACUGAGGAGGACUUCAGCGUCCUCGAGACCCCAGACACGCCCAAGUUGACCUCAGCGGUGGCGAAGCACAAGCGUGCAGUGCGUCCAUCGCGGAACACUCGUGCGUCCCGGAACCCCCUGAAGGCUCUAGCCGCCCGAGAGGACAUCAGACAGACAUACACUGAGCAGAGACUCAACAUCGCCAGCCUAGAGCAGAAACGCAUUCAGAUGGAGAGGAUGGCUAAGCACUCCCGGAGUAACCUGGCGGACGUGGCGCUGGCCGGCCUGGCGAGCAAGGAGAACUUCCGCAAGGUGAACCUGCGCAGCGUCAAGUCCACCGAGGUGGUGACCAACAACAGCACCCUGCCCUUCAAGAAACUCAUGCUCAUACACAUCAAAGGUCGUAGGCAUAUCCAGGUGCGUUUGGUGGAGCCUACAGCUCGCUCCCUAAACAGCGGAGACUGCUUCCUGCUCAUCUCCCCCAAACACUGCAUCCUGUGGAUAGGGGAGUUCGCCAACGUCAUCGAGAAGGCCAAGGGUUCUGAGAUGGCCGGGUAUGUGCAGGCUAAGCGCGAUCUGGGCUGCAAGGCGCCGCAGGUGACGGUUCUGGAGGAAGGCAUCAACACAGACAGCCGCACCUCCAAGGAGUUCUGGAACCUUCUAGGGGGCAAAUGUGACUACCCAGCUGCCGGAGAGCCAGAGGAGGAUGAGAUGUAUGAGAGUGGUAUCGUGGAGGCUACUGGUGUGUACCGACUGCAGGAGGGGAAGCUGGUGCCUCACGAGGAGUACUGGGCAGCCAUACCCAGCGUCACCAUGCUCAACUCCAAAGAGGUGCUGGUGUUUGACUUCGGCGGGGAGGUGUACGUCUGGACGGGUAAGGACGUUCCCCUGGGCGACAGGAAGAUUGCCAUCCAGCUGACCAAACAGCUGUGGGCCGCCCCCUACGACUACUCCAGCUGCAGCUUCAACCCCCUCGACCCCUCGCUGGCCAAUAAGGACGCACCUCUGGAAGGGGAGGGUCGUCCCAGCUGGUGCCUGCUGGGUCGUCUGUCGGAACAUAACGAGACGGCUCUGUUCCGGGAGAAGUUUCUAGACUGGUCUGAAAGGAAGCCCAUCACCUUGGAAACCACACAGGAGGAGGCCAAGGCUAAGACCCCGGUCCACGUGACCACCAGUCUGGAUUCGGACCUGCAGCCGUGUGACGUGUCGUCCCUGCUGUCGGGCGGGGGAAACCCCGUGCGCACGGUGCUGGAGGGCGUGGAUGUGCAGCGGGGCCACGGAUUGGUCCAGAGCGAGGACGGGCGGCAGGCGGAGUUGGCAACCGUCGCCGUGGACGCCUGGCACAUACGAGAGUUCGACGACUUCGAGAUCCCGGCGGAGAGCGUGGGACAGCUGCACGAGGGGGACACCUACGUCAUACGCUGGAAAUACAGCGUCACCAAUGUGGUGGGUAAGCGGCGUGGUGCCCCUGGUGAGUUGAGCAGCAGUGGUCCUGGUCGGGAGAGGACGGCCUGUUUCUUCUGGCAAGGCCGACGCUCCACUGUGAGCGGUAGAGGCACCUCCGCACUCAUGACCGUGGAGCUGGGCAACCACAGAGGAGCACAGGUCCUGGUGGCUCAGGGGAAAGAGCCUCCGUGUUUCCUGCAGCUGUUUCAGGGGGGUCUGACUAUCCACAGAGGCAGCAGAGAAGACAGCACCACUAACACAGGUGGGUGGCGUCUGUUCUGCGUGCGUGGCGAGGUCCCCGUGGAAGCGUCUCUGGUUGAGGUGGAGUGUCGGUGUGCCAGCCUCCGCUCGCGUGCCAGCCUGGCGCUGCUGGGUGCCCGCUCGGGGCAGCUGUACCUGUGGCACGGCACCAAGAGCCACCCCACCGCACGCCAGGUCGCCAAGAGGGCUGUAGAGCAACUCACACAGACGUGUCCUCCUGAGUUCGGUCUGGAUAAGAACAGCAGCGUGAAGGUCCAGGAAGUGGAGGAGGGGGAGGAGCCUAAGGAGUUCUGGAAGGCCAUUGGCCAGCAGGAGAGGAAGGCAUACGACUGCAUGCUCCAAGACCCUGGCAAGUAUAACUUCACGCCGCGUCUGUUCCGGCUGAGUGCCAGCGCCGGAGUCUUCGAGGGGGAGGAGCAACUAAGUCCCGCCAGGGUGACUGGCGCCACCAUGGCCAUGCCUUUCCUACAAGACUACCUCUACACCGUACCACAACCAGCCCUGUUCCUGCUAGAUAAUCGUCUGGAGGUCUACCUAUGGCAGGGUCCGCAGCCUGAGGAGGACGAGUGUACUGGCUCCGCCCGCAUCAGAUGGGACGCCGAACGCAAGUGCGCCAUGGAGACCACGCUACGCUACUGCAAAGAGAAGAACUCCAAACGUCCUCCGCAGGCCUACCUGAUCCUGGCGGGGGCGGAGCCUCUCACCUUUACAAACAUCUUCCCCUACUGGCAGAGGGACCCCAGCCUGAAAACACAGGACGAGGGCGUGCGUAACAAGGUGACCCUGGUGAAGGAUGCUCUGUCUCGCAUGUCCAAGACCCAGUACUCCAUAGCGGAGCUCACCUCCAAGCCCUUCCCUGAGGGCGUCGACCCCCUACACCUGGAGAUAUACCUGUCUGAUGAGGACUUCCAGACUCUGCUGGAGCUCUCGAGACAGGAGUUCAGCGCCCUGCCCACUUGGAAACAACUCAACCUGAAGAAGAGUAAAGGUCUCUUCUAAACCACAUCAGGGGUGCUGUUCUUGAAAGCAUAUUUGCUAGCCAGUUAGCAACUUGGGUAGUUGCCAAUGGGAAAUUGCAUUGCAAACAACAAAGGAGCUAGCAUCGUAGUUAGCAACUAUGGUUUCAAGAAAUGAACCCCAACCAGGACUCUUUUACACACACGUCACACUUCCAAUGCAUUGCAUUGCUAGGGGCUUUUGCACAGGGAAACUUAUGGACUUUGACACUUAGAAAAAAAUACACUUUAUACAUUCAAGAGCAUUGCAUUGAGUGAGUGAAAGGGAGAGAGAAGUGAAGCGAUGAACGCUUUAAUGUCAGAAAGACUUUUUUAAACAUUGUACAAUGUGUUCAUCUAUAGGAGAAUGAAAAAAAAACAGUGGGAAAAAAAGGUGAGGAAAAGGUAAAUAAUUAAAGGACUUUUUUAAACACAAUACACUUUAUUCAUGUAAGAGGGAGAAUGAGUGAAAGACUGAGUGAAUGAGUGAGCGAAAGAGUGCAUGCAUGUCCCAUUCAUUUUUAUCUUUUCAUCUUUAUCAAAAAAAAGGACACAGUUUUUGGUGUUUUUUUUCCUCGUCAUGUGAAAGAAAAUUGUACAGUUUUACCUUAUUUUUUUCUACACUUUUUGCUAGAAAUUCCUCUAUCCAGCAACCACUUGUAUUUCUGCAAACAAUGCUCUUUCCUAGCUGUUUAAAUCUAGCUUCUUCUUACUUGACUUAACAUGACUACCCCCAGUAUACAUGUAUUCCCAAAACCAUGGACCUGCGCGUCCAUCUCCUUCAGUAUCUAAUCAUGUAUUGAACUAUAAAUAUGUAUUAUAUUAUA